ACUCGAACACCAACGAUGGACUCAACUGUAGCCAGCGACACCCCGCUCGAAACCCCAAAUUCUCUCGCCCAUAUAAGAUCCUCACGGCCACCUUUUGAGAUCCCUCUCUCUCCUGCCUCCUUCGCCCGCUCCUUCGUCUAUUCGGUCACCGGGGGUUGGGGUUUGCUCUUUGGAGGAAUCAUGCUCGUCUACCAGGAUCUUCUCACAGGCGAUGAGCUUUUGUCGGACUCAUUUCCGUACAAGGAAAUACACAAUGGUAUGCUGUGGGAAGUUGAAGGAAAGUGGGUCAUUCAAGGAGCAGUAAAUGUCGACAUUGGUGCAAACCCUUCCGCCGAAGGUGGUGAAGAAGAUGAAGGAGUUGAUGACCAGGCUGUUAAGGUGGUCGAUAUUGUGGAUACUUUUAGGCUUCAGGAGCAACCGGCAUUCGAUAAGAAACAAUUUGUGACCUUCAUGAAGAGAUAUAUCAAAAAUUUGACUCCUAAAUUGGAUGCCGAGAAGCAGGAGCUAUUUAAGAAACACAUUGAGGGAGCUACCAAGUUUUUACUUUCAAAGCUUAGUGACCUGCAAUUUUUUGUAGGGGAGAGUAUGCACGAUGAUGGGUGCCUAGUCUUUGCAUACUACAAAGAUGGUGCAACUGAUCCAACAUUCUUAUAUUUUGCCUAUGGGCUGAAGGAGGUCAAAUGCUGAAAUUUACCCGACUCCUGAUGAGAUGUGCUGUAACUUCAGCUUAUUUAUCAUUUACCCCGUUUUGUGUUGAGUGAGACGUGGAAGCAAUGCCUUAACUUUUAAUAUGAUUGAGAAUUUGGACUUUUCUUUGGGAUAUUUAGUUGGAUCAUUUGGUGAUAUUGAUUUGAUUAAAAAAUAAUUACUAUUUAGUUUAUUUA